UGUCCCGAGGCCGGUCGUGCUCAAAAACCCGCGAUCUCAAUAUUUUCGAACCCUUCGAACCACGCGUGAAUCCCCACGCGAAAAAGGAAUAACACAAAAACGAAUGACGAUUAAAAGUUACGAGAAUAAAUAAUCGAUCCCCCCCCCCCCCCCGAUUCGGUGCGAUUCACUCACACGUUGCGAAUGAAAAUCGCAACGAUCCCGCCGACACGUGCCAAAAUAUACGUGAAUUGAGGUCUUCCCUUUAUUACCCUUGAAAAAAAGAAUUAAAGUAAAAAAAUAAGAAAAGCUUGAAAAAUCAUGCAACAGUGCAAUUGGCUCGACAGCUUUGUUCACGAAACGUCGUCAUGAAGAUCGUCAAUACUUUGUUUUCCUUCUCCGCAUAAUAAUCGCGGAUGCUCCACUGAAAUCGUCCCUCUUUUAAUAUUCUCGUUGAAUCAAGACUCCAUCCAGAAAGUUUAAUGGCUUGUUGAAUAUAUACUCGGUUUUAGUAUGGGAAUUUCUCGAGAGGAUAUGCGCCGCCCCGUUUCGAUGCACUUUGGGUCAUCGGAUAAACUUUAGUGUUUGGAUCUCGCGAGAGCGCGAGGGGUGAGUUUUCGGCCGCAUAACUUAUUGGACGUUGAAGGAGCGUCUUGCUCGAGGACGUGUAUAUAGAUUUAUUUAUAUAACGCAUAUAGUUCGGGGAGAAGUGAAGAAGGAUCAAGGCUUGCCACAUCGUUGCGACCGGUUUUCAACCCAUUUUCGUCGAUCCAUCUUCCGAUUCCACAUACACGUACAUAUGCGUACUUUCGUCUUUAUAUAUAGAUAACCAAGAUCCGGACACCUCUUGUCUCUUCAAUCAUCCCCUGUAGAGGGUCCCUCGUCUGAACAUUAGGUUCGUUGAUACUUGACAAAAAGCACAUAAUCGAAGAGACACUUUUUCCUGGAAUAUAUUAAAAACUUCGACGUCCCCUUUCAUCGUCCAAUGACGAUUGAUCGAAUCAAGGAGAGCCCUGCGUGCAAAAAUUUCCGGUUUGAGAUGACAAAUAUUAAUACUUGCCACAAAUCGAUGAGGGACAAUGGGAUCUAAAUAAUCCGAAGCCAUUGAUAUUUUAUGCGGAAGAACGAGGAAUUAUAAAGAAAAUCGAAAACGAGUGUGCUUUCGGUACGAGUGGAUUAGCCAGUGCUUCGUCGCCGGUGCUGCUGGAAAGUGUCUUCGACUCGAGUGGCCAGUGAUUGUGGUUAUUAGCGAUAUCAGCGUUGAGCGAUGCUAAAUCCGGGCCUCGACAUCCAGAACCGUCGUGCGCCCGUCGAACAUGACGUGAGGAAGAGGAAAAUUUGGCAUUUCGAACUCUGCCAGUUGUCCGCUCGCUUUCAUCCAAAAUCGUGAAUCUUCGUCUAUAUCGAACGAGGACAAAAAUAUAACACUCUUCGAGUCAUCACCCCCCGUUUUCUUUUCCGACUAUCUUACGGCCGUGCCUAUCCGACGAAGUGAGCUUUGGUGUGUGUGAAUGUGUGCAUGUGCAAUAUAUAUAUAUAUUUAUAAAUAUAUAUCAAUAUAAGAUAUAAAAGUAAUAAAAACGAAAUGGGAUCCUGGAGGAAUGUUCUGCUUUCCGUAUUCGUCGCCUGCUUCUUCACCGUGGCUCGUGAAGUUCAAGGUGGCACCGAGCCAUGGAAAAAGAGCGAGAAGAGCGCCGAACGAGGAGCCGAAGUACAACUACCGUGUAUACUGAUAUCGUCACAAUGCGGUGGUCUUCACAGCAUAAAGUGGUACCAUGGCAACACGAGGAUUUUCAUAUUCAGCGAAAAUGUUGGUCUCACUCGCGAGAGUAACGACAUUGCCACUCGGGCAACGAUGGAUUACGACGUUAACACGACGAAAACUUACCUGAGAAUUCCAAACGUUAAACUCGAAGAUGAAGGAUUGUACAAAUGCGAGGCAACGUACCUGUCGGUUAAUCGAGAGUGCAACAAUGUUCAGCACAUCACGCUUACUGUCAAUGUUCGACCCGAUUACGUGAGAGUAAUCGAGAAAGACGAAAAAAUAAAUCUGACUUCGGGGGACGUACUUGGUCCGAUAAACGAGGGUAAACUGGUCAGUCUGCGAUGUGAGAGCGGCGAGGGCAAACCCGUUCCUACAGUCGAGUGGUACAAGGGUGAAGAAGUUCUGAAAGCCAACAGCUCCACGAACACACAGGAUGGAAAUAUCGGGACCGGUAGCAGCGAGCUUCAGAUAACCGUUGGCCGAAACGAGUUGGAUGCAACGUUCACGUGCAAAGUCAGCAGUCCAGCUCUUGACGAGCCCCUGACGCUUGACGUGAAGCUCGACGUACAUGUGAGCCCGGAAAAAAUGGAUGUGAAAGGUGUUGUCGGGCACGUCGUCAGCGGUACGAAGAUCCUGCUGGAGUGCAUCGUGAGCGCUGCAAGACCACCGGCGAACGUGACAUGGUACAACGGUACAGAGCUCUUGAACGACGAAAACGAACGAUUGGAGAUGUUCGGUACGAACAUACGAAAUAACACCCACGGCACGUCGGACACGGACAGUCAUUUGGCAUUCACAGCAUCGGAAUACGACAAUGGCAGAAUGUUCAGUUGCGUUGCCGAAAAUUCCGUUACCGUGGCUGAGGGCAUCAAACCUAUGAAGGAAGUCACUAUUAUUGAAGUUCUCUAUCCUCCAAUAGUGACCCUGCGACAAGAGAAUAUAACAGUCAACGAGACUGACGAAUUCGAUUUGUUUUGUGACUACGUCGCGAACCCGUCGGAGCUUAAAUCCGUCAAAUGGUUACUGGAUGGCGAAAUUAUCAACGUUGGCAAGAACGAUCACUACGACGGCGGUGAGGCAAGCUUCGCUCCUCUCACCGUGAGAAAUGCGUCCUCCAGCGACAUGGGAAGAUACACCUGCAUAUUGGAGAACAGCGUUGGUGAAUCCACUGUGCAAGACUUCAUCGACGUAUCCGUGCUGUAUAAGCCUCAGGUGAAGGUGACGAUGGAACCAGAAGUGCCGGUUAACGAAGCCGAUCGCUUGAACGUAUCGCUCACCUGCGAAGUAGUCGAUGGUAAUCCAAUGACACUGACGACAGUUCGAUGGUUUCUCGAUGGUGAUCUUCUCAAGGAACUGCCUGAUUGUUCUCGCAAUUCAUCGCUCGCCAGCGAUGGUGCAAGUUCGACUUCGACUAAUGGAAUACUCGUCGAUGAGAUAUCGACCUUCUGCGACAUAGAUCCAAGCAAGUUGCUCCUCGAAGCUGUUGGUCGUUCGUUCAAUGGGAAUUAUGCCUGCGAGGGUCGUAACGACGCUGGCUGGGGGAACAGAUCAGCCAGUGCACCGGUCGUCGUUUAUUAUAAGCCGGGACCGGCUACGAUAACGUACGAGCCCAAACGGGUCGUUAAGAAGGGCUCGUUGAACAUUACGUGCUCGGUUCUCGAUCUCGGGCGCCCCGAAGUAACGGGCUUCAAGUGGUUUCGCGGAUCUCAUCAGAUAUCAGGCGAAGAGAGUGCCGUUUUGCGCAUAGAAUCUGUGAAUCUCGAGACUAAAGCGAAUUUCACGUGUAUGGCUUUUAAUGAAGCUGGGGAUGGCGACCCUGCUACCGUUUUCAUCGAUGUUGCAGCCCGACCCGACUUUAUAAAACCACUCAACGGUUAUGCCGGAUUUGCAUACAACUCGACAAACGUCAGCAUCGAAUGUUGGGUCGAGUGCUCCCCGAUCUGCAAUAUAUCGUGGGAGAGAGACGGUUUACCCAUGAAUUUCGAUAAAACCGAACUCUAUUAUCAGACGAAUGUUUAUCACCCACCUGAUCAAAGUAAAAAUGAUUUUGAGAGUAUACAAUCGACCCUCGUUUGGAACAUGACUGCAUGGCCGGACGGCCAUCUCCACCCCUUCAGGGACAACGAAAACUUUACCUGCGAAAGCACCGGAAAUGGCAUUGGACCGGGAGUCAAAAGCGAAACCGUUUUUCGUGUCGAAUUUCCACCGGAAAAUAUGACGAUAUCAAAGAAGAUUAUAGACGUUAUCGUCGAUUCGAUACCCGAGAGCGUGAAAUGCAGCGCGGUAGCCGAACCUGAGCCCAUGUUCCGAUGGUUUCGCGAAGGCUCCACUGACGUUAUAUCGACCGACGCUGUACACGUCUUCAAAACGAAAGUACCGAGACGAAGCAACGGCACAUACAUCUGUCAGGCUUAUAACCGUCACGGUCAAAACAACAUCACUACUUAUCUCAAUGUUCUCUUUAAACCCGAGUGCAGAAUCGACGAAGAGCGAAUAGACGGUGAAUAUUAUCUCGUCUGUUCAGCAACAGCGAAUCCAAAAGAAUCUGAUUUCACGUGGUCCUUGAAAAGUGACAACGACACCCUCGAUCAAAUUGGAGAGAUAAGGGAUGGAAAAGGUUAUCUUCGUCUCGAUACGUCAAUUACGAAUUUCCGAACUUACGUCUGCGUCGCCAACAAUUCAAUCGGAUUUUCAUUGCCCUGCGAGCGCGGCGUACCCGCCCGCCAUGGACGUGACAGUAAUUUGCCGUGGUGGCUUCAACUGGAGGGUGAUCUUUUGAUAAUCAUAAUAAUCGUCGCGAUGGUUAUUCUGCUGGCGAUAGUGAUAUGCUGCAUCGUCAUCUGGUUGAUUUGUCGUCGGAAGCGAGCCCAGGCCAAAUACAGUAAUCGGGUCGUCGAGAUGGAGGAACGCGAGCAUCCCGACGGUGGUCCACCGAGCCCAACGGAAUCAUCGCGUUCCCGAGACGAAGGGUCUCCUACUUCGUUGCAUCCGACACCUGCACCACGUUGGCCUCUCAAGCCCGGUGUUCUCGUCCACAUUAAUCGUGCCCACAGCCUACGAUCGGGAUUAGCCGGAUCUCUACGCGCUAAUGACACAAUGAGGAUACAUUCGGGCUCGCUCGGUUUCGCGAACGAUCGAUAUCGCUCUCGUCCGCAGCCCUCGAUCGUACGACAACCAAUAAGACCCUUUAGACGUGGCUCAACCAACCUCAAUGCUAUUAGCAAUAAAGAAAUUGUGAAUCAACGGGCUCUUAGCGCCGUAUCGAUUAUGCAUGAUGAGGGCAUGAUCGCACGUGCUAAUAGGAUUAGAGCUAUUUUCGGUUCUCAACUUAAGGAGCCCGAUGCAUUUCCUGGCAUUUUACGAGACAAGACCGCCGUGACUUACAAGAGAAUAGCACCGUCUCAUCAACAAAGAGUUCUGCAACUGAGCGCCCCACCGGCCUUGCCCGAGAGACCGAUAAGCCUCAACCAGAUCGUGUCUCGUAAGCGCAAAAAACCUGGCGCAGAUCCCAGUCAAGCAACGAACAAUAAUCACGUUGACAGCGUUUCGGAGAGUUUGCCGGAGCCCGAGACGAAAACAUUUUACGAAAACUUGCCGUUCCACGGAAUUCAAACGCCACCCAAUAAGUCGAACAACCUGUACAACUAUCAAGAAUACUAUCAGCAGCAUCAAAAGCAUCAGCAACAGCACUAUCAAAUUCAACAGCAACCACAGGAGAUGCAACAGUACGGGAACUACAAUACAGUAGGAACCGGUUUGCCGAGCGGAAGUUUAAGCCAACUGACGUUACCCUUAACGCGGAGUCUUUAUCAUUCGUCGAUAGUGAGCCCGCUGGAGACAUCAUUCAUGCCAGUUCACGCACAAAAUCACAGCACAGUUGGAAGACAACAUCAUCAUCAGUUCGGCGCGACGACGAAUCAACAUCAUCCUCAGAAUCGGAGCGAGGACGGUCGUGGAUACGUCGUGAGUGGUGAAAAUCGGAGUAGCAGCAACAGUCCACCACUGUCCCUGAUACACGGAACCUCUGACCUCGAAUUAUCGAGUUACGCUCUCGAUCAUCAGUUACAACAAUCGUCGCGUCGCUCAGCAUCAAAUCAGCAACUGCAACACGGUGGACGCCGUAACGAGAGAAGAAAGUACCAAAGGAAACAACACAGCGAUCGUAACAACGAUCGAAAGAGCAAGCACCGUAGUCGAGCCAAUGCGGAGAGCCGUCUCCGUGGUGGCGGUGGUGGAGCUUUGAUGAGUGACACGAGUGAUCUCCUAAAUUCAAUCACGAAUUGCGGUGUUCCAAUUAUCUCAGACGUGACAGCGUCGUCACAAACGACGACAACGACGAACAUGCCUGGUGGACGUCGUAGCGCCGGCGAUACAAAUUCGGCCCUUAAAUACAAUCAGUACCGUCAAGAUCUUGGUAUACCGGAGAGUUACAAGAUCGCUUAUCCUCACUAUUACGAAGACGCCAUAAACUCAUGCCCCAGUGAUUAUCGCGAUAUCGAUGGAUCUUCCGCUCCCGUUACAAAUGGCACGAGUCUUAGUAGCAACAAUAGCGGCUCUCAUCAACAACGGGAACGUCGAACGAACCAGUACGUCACCGGUACCGGGGGCAUCGCCAUGCCCUCGACACCCCCUUCCACAAUGACGAUAAAUCCACCCUCGAGUGGUGGCAACAAUACUCACUACAACGAUCUUGCAAACAACACAAAAAUCUCGACAAAGUCGAGGAGAUCAUCGAGCGGAUAUGCGCGGUCGGAACAGAUGAUGGGUCUUUCAGGACGAGCGAGCAAUCAGUCACCUCCUAUAACGAACACUCUCACCGCUGAUACGACAACGAACGUCACUUUGCUCGAUGAUACAACGUCCAGUACGACGACGAUCGUUGCUGCCGCUAACGCUCCUACUACUAACAGCACGUCGUCGUCUUCGUCCGCUACAACCCUAUCCGCAACUUCCUCCAACCCCCCGAGCACCCACUACGCCGAGCUACACUUUCGUGACGUCGGUCGGGAAAUCGACGUUUGAAGCCAUUCAAACCGGAGUUUUCGGAUCUGGACUACGCCGACGUGGAUUACAGAUCUUACGGGCCUAUAAACUACAAAGCAGCGAGUAUAGCUCUUCUGCAAACGCGAAAACAGCCUCAACAAACGGAGCGAAGG